GCCAUUUUGUUACGGGGCGGCUGGAGGCGGAGGGCGCCGCUGGGCCGCGUUUCCGGGUGCGGCGGGCGGAGGCCGCGGCGGCGGUGAGGAGCGGGGAAUGGGGCUGCGGGGAGACUGCGGGCCGGGGGGGGCGCGUCGGACGCCGUGGCGCCGCGCCCGUGUUGGGAAAGGAGCGCCGGGUCGGGGUGCAGCCGUGGGGCCUGGCGGGGGGUGCCCGAGGAGCGGCCUACGCGGAGGCUCCGCCGUCCCUGCAGCGUCCCGGUGCGGGGCCUCCGUGUGCGCCGGGCGCGGGGCUCGGCUGUGCCGCGGCUGCGGGUGAAGGCGGCCGGACCCGCCCUGCCAACGGGCUGCCGGUGCCGCCUCUUCCCCGCCGACCCCCGGACGGACGGACGGACGGACGUGGCCCGGCGCUGCCCCGGGCCGUGCCCCGCGCCGUGACCCCGCGGGCUGCGGGCCGGCACCGGGCGCCGCGCACUGCUGGGGGCCGGGAAAGCCGCUGUGUGCGCGGAGCUGCCCGCAGAGCCCCGUGCUGCCCGGCGGGUCCCCGUCCUGUCCUCCCUGAGCCCUCGUCGCUGUUGUCUCGCCCUCAUGGACGGCGGUGUCCCCUCACGCCCUGCCCGGUUAUGCCGAACGUUCGCGGCCCGCUGGUAGCGCGCAGGGGGAGGUGCGAGCUGCCUCCCGCCCCGCAGCUGACGCUGAUCGGCUGCUCGCCGCCCCGCUGCAGUUCCCAGGUACGCAGAGGCGGUGUGGUGGCAUCCCCGGGCCGGCUGGAGGCAGAGGUUUUGCAUGGAAGUCAUUUCCAUGCACUGCAGCGCAGCCGGUGCCCCUUGCAGGCGUGCUUGGAGGGGUGCCGCCGUCCCAAAGCGGCCCCGCUUUACCUUUGGCAGACUUGGCUUUGCUGCACUGCCUGCCUGGGCUGCCCCGGCCUGCCCUGCGCUCUGUUGUGGGUGUUGCUGCCCUGCUGCUGUCGGCCACAAAGGAUCCGAUCCGGCCUGUCUGCCUGCCCGGCUGGGACGUGCUCUGCAGGGCACAUUGCAGUAUCACGUGCCGCUUUCACAGCUCGGCUGCUGGGCUGGUUCGUGCUUGCUGAGCGCCUUCUGUCCCUGAGAUGUUCUAGCACUGCUGCUCCACAGAGCCUCUGGGUGCAGCUGCCUGUUUGCACCUUGCCUGAGCACAGUGGCUGUGGGACGGGGCUUCCUCCCGGCACCAGAGCCCCCCCGGCCCCAUAGGAAUGUGAGCACACAGCCUGCUUUCCCAUGGCUGCCGGCACAGACCCCUCUUUGUGCCCAGUGGGGCGAGGGCGGGCUUGGCUCCGUCCCUCCACACUGUCGGCGUGCCAAGCCCAGUGCUGCCAUGAGCUGGGAUGUCAGCAUGGGUGACUGGCGCCAUUCUGCCACCUUCACCCCCCGCACUGCUGCUUCUGCAACAUGUGAGAUCUGUUGGAAUUAAUUCCUCCAGCUGUAAGUAGGUGUGUGGCUCCUAGCUGGCCGGCGCUGUGGUGCCUGAAGCUGCAGAGCUUGUGGCCACUGUAGCUGCGGGAUGUCAGGCCCUGAAAUGGAAGCUGCUGUGCGGGAGCGCAGCCAGGCCGUGGGGCUUUCUGCCCUUGCAGAGCCGGGUCUGGGCGCGUUACCUCCAAGUGACGCAGGCUGCCCCGCUCCGCGGGUGCCAGGGCGCGUUCCAGGUCAGGGCUCGCUGCCCGCUUUGCUUUGCUUUAAAGUGCUGUCGUGGAGGCGCUCUGGUCCUUGUCUGACCUACUUACUUACAUCUGGCUGCUUGGAAGGAAGGCAGAUUUGCUCUGCCAAAGAAGUAGCUUUCUGCUGGGAAGCAAAGGUGGGAGGAGGGAGCGGGGGGGUGGGGUGGGAAGUGCCCUCAGAGCGAGGGGCCGAGCGUGUUGGGUUUCUGCUGUCUCUGCCAGGGCAGUGCUGGAACGAGCGCAGCUCCCCGGGCUCACUGCUUGCUCCAGUGUUACCGGCUUGGCUUGACUGUGUGUUGGUCUUUUCCUGAGCUGGAUCAGUAGCCCAUGGGCAUUGCAGUGCCGAGAGCAGAGACUCCUGAGCCCUGCAGCUCUGUGCCCUCUGCGGCACUGUGCUCGGCUGCCUCUGCACCAUUCUGCUUCCCACGGCCCCUUCCUGCUCCCCUUCCUUGCUUCCUUUCUCCCAAGCGUGUUGUCAGGAGACCUGGAGAUACCUGCAGCACCGGCCAGACCAGCCAGGGAUGUGGCACUUGGGCAGAGAUACUUGUGGGGUGAGGAGUGACGCUGCUGGCGCUCGGAGGCUCGUGCUCCACUUUGCUUUCCCACUGUGAGGUGAACUGACAGCCGUGGGGCCGCUCAGGAGCCGCACAGAUCCCGAGCCGUGGGGCAGCUGCGUGCUCACCAGCAGUGCUGGCAUGCAGGGACUGUGCAGCCGUGUCUCGGAGUCUCCGUCUGUCACCCUGCGUUAGUGGGUCAUGUCUCAGAACGAGCCCUCCUUCCCCUCCGUGCUGGCUGUGAGCUCACAGCAUGUUCUUGGCACCUGCUGACCUGGCAGUGCAGGGCACUCACUCUGACAGCACUUGGCUUGCUUUCCCUCUGCAGCCAGGCGCCCUGCACCACAGGACGGGCACUCAGCACCCCGGUGUGUGCCCAAGACCUGAGGUUUUCAGCUCAUGUGAGGGAGCACUGCUGGGCUGUGUUGGUGCACGCAUGGCUGUUGUGCAGUGGGAGCACUGUAGUGACUCGUGCCAUUAAUGGGGCCCCUUUGUAAGGUGUCUGCAGCUUUAGGGUCUUGCUCAAGCAUCAGGCACACGCGUGUGUCCCAGAAUAACACUUUAGUGCUGGAUGUUCUAUAGUGGCUUGUACGUUUCCCCCUAAUUGGUCUCACUGCAAACCUGCUAAUGGGAAAGGUGCAUUUCUUCAGGCGGUUGAACUCUGCAGAAGCAAUCAGCAGUGAUUUCCGAGCAGCUGCUUCCUCACCAUGAGAUCAGCGUGGCUUGGGGUGGUUUGUUUGAAGUCCUCCUUGCUGCCAUGCCAGGCCUUCAGCACCGUGUCACAGCAGGGCAGGAGCUCAGGAUCUGCCCCAUAUCCUCGGAUGCUUCCAGUGGGGCCUGCCCCAUCCACGCCCCGAUCCCAGGGUUGUUUCCCCAGCGGGUGCCACGGCUGCUGUCAGCAUUAGCUGGGGGUGUUGAGCUGGAGCUGCUGCCACACGAUGCCACCGGUGCUGUUCUGCACAAAGCUGCGUGCAAUGAUGAUGGGAAAGGCCGUGGGUUCAGACGGCGUUCCUUUGCUGGUCCUGCUUCACCUGCAGCCUGGCUGAGCCUGGAGGCGGGCAGUGAUGCUUUGUUGCAGCGUGUAGCAGCCAGCAUGCCCGGCACACGAGUUAUUGCACGGGGAUGGCUGGGCCCCUCUGCUCCCAUCCUGCGUGGAGCCUCGUGCUGUCCUCGAGGAGCCCCUGUUGCUCCGGUCUCGGUGUGGGAAGGUGUGCGUUUGGCAGCCGCUACAAAGCGCUUCUGUCCGUCCUGCAGUGCAUUGUUCUCCGUGGGACGUGGGCUGCACUGCACGUUAUUCUCGGCCGCGGGUCACCUCGGAGCCGUCGGGAAGUCCUCACGUCUCCCUCUGCUUCCUCCCGCUGGAACAAUCAGGGAUGGCGGUGGGAGCACGAGGAGGGUCUGAGCAGCGCUCUCCGGUCCUGCGUGUGCCACCUCUCCCUCCCCACCUUCCUCUCCAAAGCUGGCACCCGCACCGGCAGCAGCAGGGAAGUGUGCUGGCCCCGUGGGAAGGGCCUUUCCUGCUCCGUCCUUUGCCUCAGCCUAAUGGCAGGACGUGAGUCCUCGCCGCUGAUUAAACGUUUCCUGUGCCAAAUGAACCGAGCUCUGUGGAGAGCUGCGAGCAGAUCGGGGACCCGGCAGAGCUGGGGCUGUGGUGGUGGAAGCUGCAGCUGCUCGGGGUGCUGCAGGGUCGAUCCCCGGGGCGUCGGGAACUUUUUGUUCAGGGUUUUGUUCAGAACACAUUGUCAGUGACCGUGGGAUGUGAAUAAUUCACUGUGAGCGUCCGAGUCCCGCGGGGUCGCGGCGUGGCUGGCUGGCUGCACGCAGAGAUGCGCCGGCUCUCCGAGCUGCUCCAAAUCGAGGUGGCAGCUCUCGCUCUGAAAGCACGCUGAUACGAUUUUAAAAGCCUGAGUGACCUUAAAUCCUGUGAUGGCUGCCUUUCGGGAUCAAUUAUUCAUGUCGCGUCUUCGGGGCCGCCCGAACCCUCGCUCGGAACGGGCUGAAAUGUCGGCCUGGGCCUGGGAGGGCUGCGCUGGGGUGAGGAGGUUUGGAUGGGAAGAGAGGACAGGAAAAGGAGCUGUGCUGGGCGGGGGGCGGCGGGCAGGGAGCGACCGGGCCGGCCUGGGAAGGCCUCCCCAAACCGGUGCAGCUGCAUUCUGUGCCGACAUCAGAGGGUUGGAAAUUCCUCUUGAUGUGCAGUUCAAAGCCGCUGCCUCCCUGAGGACGGAGCACUUCAUCUCGGCUUUGCAAAUGCAGGCUGGCCGUGGAAGCAGCGUGGCUGUGGGACACAAAGCUGACAGUGGGACACAGACCUGGCUGUGGGACACAAAGCUGGCUGUGAGGCACAGAUCCCCCCAAAAGCACAGAAACGGCGUCUGAAGGUCACUGCUAAAAAAAGCCCUGGGCCCGCCGUGAGGAGUGAGCAGAAUCCAGGGCUGCUGUCGGGAGAAGGCAUUUCGCUUCCCCUUGGCACAGAGGGCCCUGCAAAACGCCUGCAGAAUGCAGCUCCUGUGUCCCGACAGGGCCAGGCUGCACGGGGGGAACCCCGGGCUUUGGUGGCGCUUUGAGCCCCCAACACAGCCGGGGGGUUCUGCCGGGGGGCUGCAGCAGCAGAGCUGCUCCCUGGUGGGUGCUGAGCGGCGCUCUGCAGGGCCGCCUCGGCUGCGUGGAGCUCCUCCGGAGCGCUGCCUUCUCACCCCUCGCCUCCCUCCCGGUGCUCUCGAAGCUCUGUGGUUCUCGUUUGCAUUUUGAAGGAGAGCCGAAGUGCCAAUCCGCCCCUCCUGGCUUGGAGAUGAGCGCGCUGCGCUUUGAUCUCAGGCUGCCUUUCACGCUGUCCUGAUUCACGUCUUCCAAAUCACUUUCCCUGCGAGCGCAGUGAGCUGCUGCUGCGGCAUAUGGAGCUGAGCAGAGCAGAGCCGGGGAAAGGAGCCGCGGUGCUGAGGAACAAAGGGGAGCGAUGCAGAGCAGCCGCUGUCUGAGCGGCAUUGUUUCAAAGCGCACGUUUCCGUAAGGCAUAAGCGAGGCAUUAAGGGGCGGUGAGCGGUGCUGGGAGAACCCUGUGGGGUUUUUUUCACCCUUGGAGGCUUUAGGUUGUGCCUCCCCGUCUUUAUCAGCCGUGUCUGUCUUCAGGAACAUUAAAGAUCUGGGCUUUGUUAGAGGCAGAUAGCCGUCACCCCGGCGCUCCCACCCGGAGGUCUCAGUGUUUCUCAUGCUUUGAGGGGGGGGGCGCUGCCAUGUGCUGCAUUCCGUGCCUCUGGAUUUUUGUUUUCAAUGUGACCUCUGCUGCUAAUCCACAACGUGAGCAGGGCUGCGUGCUGCAAUGAAAUGACCUGUUUCUGGGGAGUUCGGUUCCACUUUAUCCUCAAGCUGCUUUAGCUUAAACUCCUUUCUUGCACUUCUAGGUCAGAGCCUUCAUCGGGAUGCGGCGUUCAGCACGGCAGCAGUUCGGGGCCGUGUGAGAUAAGGCAGAUUGUGACUCAUGGUUUUCUUUGUAGAAGUGCCCCUCUCCUCAGCUGUGGCCACAGGAUGUGAUGCUGCUGUGGGACUUUCCCCGUCCUCUCCGCCCGUGUGGGCAGAUGGGCUCUGCAACACCGUGCUGCCCAUGCAGCGUCCCUCUGUCCGGCUGCGACUCGAAGUCAGGGCAUGAAUGACCAGGCUCAUCCCCAGCUCUGAGCAGCCACAGCUGGGCCACCAUGCCGAUCCCACCCCCGCCGCCACCGCCUCCCGGCCCCCCACCGCCCCCCACCUUCAGUCAGGCAAACACAGAGCCACCAAAAUUGAGCCGAGAGGAGCAGCGCGGCCGCGGAGCCCUCCUGCAGGACAUCUGUAAAGGGACCAAGCUAAAGAAGGUGACACAAAUCAAUGACCGGAGUGCCCCGAUCCUAGAGAAGCCCAAGGGCGGCAGUGGCAGCAGCUACGGCUCCAGCUCAGCUGCGAUCCAGCCCAAAGGAGGCCUUUUCCAAGGGGGUGUGCCCAAGCUCAGACCCGUGGGAGCAAAGGACAGCUCAGACAGCUCUGGGAAGCAAACCCUGCAAGUCCCCGGCUCCAGAGCCGCUGCCCCCAGGCCCCCGGUGCCGGCCAGCAACAGCCGACCUCAGGAUGAUUCUGACAACAGCCGAGCCUCUCCGCCGGAGCUGCCGCGCACACAGCGGCCAUCCCUGCCGGACCUCUCCCGGCCCGGCACCGCUGGUGGCACCGGCAUGAAGCACAGCUCGUCCGCCCCGCCGCCUCCCCCACCGGGCCGCCGUGCCACCGCGCCGCCCGCCCCCCCGCCUGCACACGGCCCCAAGGUCUCCUCCUACAACCGGGAGAAGCCCCUGCCGCCCACCCCGGGACAGCGAGCGCCUGCCGGCAGGGAUGGACCCCCCGCCCCUCCACCUGUCAAGCCCCCUCCCUCCCCAGUCAGUAUCCGAACGGGGUCGGGGGCUCAGAGCCAGUCCCUCGCCCCCCCACCUCCCCCUUACCGGCAACCCCCCAGCGUCCCCAACGGCCCUUCCAGCCCCAUCACCGAGUCUGCCCCGGAGCUGCCGCAGAGACACAACUCCCUGCACAGGAAGACGCCGGGCCCCUUGCGGGGUCUCGCGCCGCCGCCGCCUGCCUCGGCCUCCCCGUCCCUCCAGAGCAGCCGCCCCCCGCCGCCAGCCCGGGACCCCCCCAGCCGUGGUGCAGCCCCGCCGCCCCCACCACCCAUGCUGCGAAAUGGGGGGCGUGACGCCCCCCCGCCCCCACCCCCCUACAGACUGCAUGGUUCUACUGAGCCCCCCAGCCGUGGGAAGCCACCCCCACCACCCACCCGGACGCCUGCUGGGCCCCCCCCGCCCCCACCGCCAGUGAGGAAUGGGCACCGGGACUCCAUUGCCACUGUCAGAGCAUUCCUGGAUGACUUUGAAUCCAAAUACUCGUUUCACCCCGUCGAAGACUUUCCAGCCCCAGAAGAAUAUAAAUACUUCCAGAGAAUCUACCCCAGUAAAACAAACAGAGCCACGCGUGGGGCCCCCCCUCUGCCCCCCAUCCCCAGGUGAAAGCGAGCUGCGCCGGCGGUCGGUCCUGAGCGCAGCCACAGAGCUGCUCCCCCUUCUUCAGACGGACCCUUCCUCACCUCCCUGCCCCCAGGAACCUGCAUGAGAAACUCCGGGCACCUUCAGCUCUCCCAGGACAAGCGGACGCCCCCAGCCCACGCUCACCACAAACCCACACGGCUCCUUUCCCCGCAGCCCCGCGUUGGACCCCGCGCUGCAGGCACGGGCAGGGCCGGGGGCAGGCGGUGCGCUGCUGGGGAUGGACGGAGGCGGGGGCCGUGCGUGGGGGGGCCGCGUGGGCUCAGAGCAGAGGCGGGCAGCAGCCGGGCUGUGGUGGCUGUGGUGGCUGCGGGAUGGGCCCAGCAGAGCGCUCUGCCCCGCUUUGUGAGCGGCGAUUUCACGCAGGAGCUGCUGGGAGUGGGACUGUGCCCCCGCGUUGGGUGCGGGGGGGGGGCGUGCAGCGCCGUGGUACCCCCAGGGCACCGAAAGGAGCGUCGGCUGAGGGCCGUGGGCUGUCUGCAGGGGGGUCCGAGGCGGGGGGCUCCGGGGGCUGCGCGCCGUUUUGCCUUACACGGACUGCUGGCUCCGGGCUCUACGCGCAGCGGGGGGGCUCCCAUUAACCGUAGUUACUGAUCUAUUUUGUACGUUCUAAAGCUGUACCGUAGGAGGAGGGGGCUGCGGCGGGGUACUAAACCCUCACCUUUAACUGUU